AUGGAGUAAUCAAGAGUGAAAAAUCAUUUCUAUUAACAGGAAAUGGGAAAAAAUUUUAGAUUUCUCAAGAAACUAUAAAUAAAAAGAUCAAGGACAAGAUUUUUAAUAUUUUAAAUGUAUUGAGUAAUUUGAAAAUACCACAAAACCUAUAGAUUUCAAACAAAGCAUUAAACCAGAGAAAUUUUAUAUUUAAUUACUCACCUGUCCUAGUGGAAAUACUUCUAUCUUGCCAACAAUUAUUGUUGUGAUAGAUACAAUCUCAAUUGUAUGAGAAUAGACAGCAUAGAAAUGCAAGGAAUCUUCAAAAUUUUUUGCUGAUUUUUCAGAUGUUAUAGUUAUUGGACUAUCAAAAGAAAAGAAAAAUAAGAUUGUUACAAAAGCAAAAAUCAUAGGUUAUUUAGUUUCUUUAAAAAAAUUAAUAAAUAAGAAAAUUAAGAAAAAAAAGCUAUCGGAAAUCUCUUUAAUUAAAUUUGGACCAAACUCUCAAUUUUUAUUCAAAGAAAAAAAGAGUAAAAUUAAUAUAUAUAUUAAUAAAGAAUAUUAUGAUAUUAUAGAACCUUAUUUAAAUAUAAUGAAUAUGAAUGAAAUCAUUCUAAGUUUUUCAAAGAUUUAAUGUACAGAAUUUAAAAGUGAAUAAAUAAUAAAUAUUAUAUAUUCUAUAGUUCCUUUAUAGUUAUGUACAAUUGAAAAUAGCAACUAAAUACCUCUAAAUUAUGGAUUUAGACAGCAAUCUUAACUUUAAACUAGAAUAACGAAGGAUUAAAAAGUUAAAAAUAAUUACAUUUAGGAUUUUUGGAAGAUCAUUUGACGAAUUAUAAUAAUAAAAUAUUUGUGGUUGGAAAAAUAGGAAGAUAAUCAUCAGGCAAAAGUUAUUUACUAAAUAGAGUAUUUAGUACUCACUUCUCAGUUUUAUCAGCUAGAUUUACUGAUGGUGUUUGGGGAAGUAUUGCAUAUAGAGAAGAUUAAAAAUUUUAGUAUAUAUUGUGAAGGAUUAUUUAAAGGAAUUAGGACUGAUAAAGAAGAAAUAAAAAUGUUAGCAUUUUUACUGCAUUAUGUUAUAUUACAAUCUUAAAUUGUGAGAAAAAUUUUGAUAGACAUUAUGAAGAUCUGUUCAAACAUUUAGUUGAAGCAUCAAAGUAAUUGAAAGAUGAAAAGUUAUUUAAAGGAAUUGUAUAUUUUGUUAUAAGUGAUGUAAGUUCAAAUGAUAAUAAAGUGAUUAAGUAAGAAUUAUUAAAAAAUCUUGAACAACUAAAAGAAGGUGGAUCAUAAGAUGUAAUAUUUUUAAAGAGAUUAUUUAGUCAAUAAUGAAAACUAAUAAUUUGAUAAAUAACUUAUUAUUGUUAGAUAAUACUUUUUAGAUAACUCUAGAAAUACAAAUGGCUGGAAGAAUGGAAUAGAAUUAGUUUAGAUUAUGAAAAUAUUGUUAUGCUAGUUGGAAUUGUCUGAUAAUACAAAUGCAAGUUUGAUAUAACUAAAAAUAAAAAUAGAAAAAAAUUUUGAGGAGAGUAAGGAAUUAUGGAGAAAUUUGGUUUAAUUAAGUUAAAUAUUAAAUUUUGAAGUUAGAUCAAAGCUAAUAUAAAUUCCAAAAAUUUAAUGAUCAUGAAUGUAUUCUAAUUUUUAAAGAUGAUCUAAAAUAACUCUAUAAAGAUCUAGAGGAUUCAAUCUAAACUCAUAAUAAAAAUCUUCUAGAAGCAAAAUCAUAGUUUAAUUAAAUGAUGGAGUUUAGGAAAUAACAAAUUAUAUAAAGAAAAAUUUAAGAGACAAGUAGUAAAGUAAAUAAUAAACUUUUUUAAACAUCAAAAUUAAAUUAGUUAAUCUGAAUUUUAUUUUUAACAUUCUUAAAAAGAUAGUGUAUUUUAAAUCCAGAAGUUUAAAUAAUAAUUAAAAACAACAUGUCUAAGUUACAUAGUUUCUUAGUAGAUUAAAUGAAUUAGUAUGAAUUUUGCUUAGUAAAAUGUAAUUUAUGCCACUUGCUCUGUAAACAAUUCAAAUUCAUAUCGAAAUAUCUCAACAACUUAACCAACCUUUAAAUGAUCAAAUAAAUAAUUUGCAAAUAAAUAUUUCAUAAAUAAAAAAUAAGGAUUAAGAAGGAGAAAAAAGGGAUAGAAUAAACGUAAUUGAGAAAGAUAUUUAAAAGAACGAAAAUAAAUUUUGAGUGCUCAAAAUCUGCAAUUAAAUAUAUGAAAAAUAAAUUUAAAAAGAUUAAAAAGAAACUGAAAUGA